GCCGAGCCGGCCUGCGCCCCGAGCCCCAGCGCAGCCGCCCCGGCUCCCGCGCCCGCGCGGAUGUGAGAUUCCGGGCUCCUGGCGCCUGCUGAUCGCCGGCUGCGGCGCGGCGCUGCGCUGCUUGGCCCGAGAGCAAAGGACCGGGCUUGGCUGUGCGAUUUGUGGAUUUAAAAAAAAAAAUUUUUUUUUUUUUUUUAAAUUUGGCUCGAAGGAGUUGGAGGAGGAGGACCAUUUCCUCUCGACAUGCAUCCCUCUGGAUAGACUGAACAUCCCUCGGUCCACCCCCGCCCGGAGCGGCCAGAGGCAGGCGCUGGGUGCGCGAAGAGGAUCCGGGUUGAAAUCUGCGCCCCCGGCUCGCGUCCCCGCCCCGUGCCGGCGCCCCCUCCCCCUCCCGCAGUCGAAAUUUCCCGGGAUUAUGUUUCGGAAAGGUAGGUAAGCGCCGGGCGCGGUGCCCGCUCCGCGCAGCCCGGACCCAGAGAGCCGGCCCGGCGGCCUCGGCUCGCGCCGCGAGCAGAGUCAGCUCCGUUUCCUCGGCUGGAGGUGCAGCCAGUGGCGAGGGUGGGGGGGGAGAGACUCGCUCCAACGCGGACGCCCCCAGCUCUCCCCCCCUCGGCUGCUUUCCGUUAGAGAAGCCUGGUGAGAAACUACAUGCCCUCUCUGAGACUCGCCAGGGCCGGGGCGCAGUGCCACAAGGUGUAAGGAGUGUGCGGGGAGGGGCGACAGGGGCCCCAGGAGUCCACCGCCGCCGCUGCCGUCGGUUCUUCAUUCCGGCCUUCGGGGCGGACAGAGUGACCCCGGCCCCUACUCCCUGACCAUGGUAGUGUUCAAUGGCCUUCUGAAGAUCAAAAUCUGCGAGGCCGUGAGCUUGAAGCCCACAGCCUGGUCGCUGCGCCAUGCAGUGGGACCCCGGCCGCAGACUUUCCUUCUCGACCCCUACAUCGCCCUCAACGUGGACGACUCGCGCAUCGGCCAGACAGCCACUAAGCAGAAGACUAACAGCCCGGCCUGGCACGACGAGUUUGUCACUGAUGUGUGCAAUGGGCGCAAGAUCGAGUUGGCCGUUUUUCACGAUGCCCCCAUCGGCUACGACGACUUCGUGGCCAACUGCACCAUCCAGUUCGAGGAGUUGCUGCAGAACGGGAGCCGCCACUUCGAGGACUGGAUUGAUCUGGAGCCAGAAGGAAAAGUCUAUGUGAUCAUCGAUCUUUCAGGGUCAUCAGGUGAAGCACCCAAAGACAAUGAAGAGCGUGUGUUCCGGGAGCGCAUGCGGCCGAGGAAGCGGCAGGGAGCUGUCCGUCGCAGGGUCCACCAGGUCAACGGUCACAAGUUCAUGGCCACAUACCUUCGGCAGCCCACCUACUGCUCCCACUGCAGGGAUUUCAUCUGGGGUGUCAUAGGAAAGCAGGGGUACCAAUGUCAAGUGUGCACCUGUGUUGUCCACAAACGAUGCCACGAGCUCAUCAUUACAAAAUGCGCUGGGCUGAAGAAACAGGAAACUCCAGACGAGGUGGGCUCCCAGCGGUUUAGUGUCAACAUGCCACACAAGUUUGGCAUCCACAACUACAAGGUCCCCACCUUCUGCGACCAUUGUGGCUCCCUGCUCUGGGGCCUCUUGCGGCAAGGCUUGCAAUGUAAAGUCUGCAAAAUGAAUGUUCAUCGUCGAUGUGAGACCAAUGUAGCUCCCAAUUGUGGGGUAGAUGCCAGAGGAAUUGCCAAAGUGCUGGCUGACCUGGGUGUCACUCCAGACAAAAUCACUAACAGCGGCCAGAGGAGGAAAAAGCUCAUCGCGGGUGCUGAGUCCCCACAGCCUGCUUCUGGAAGCUCACCGUCUGAGGAAGAUCGGUCUAAGUCGGCCCCUACCUCCCCUUGUGACCAGGAAAUAAAAGAACUUGAAAACAACAUCCGGAAGGCCUUGUCAUUUGACAACCGAGGGGAGGAGCACCGGGCAGCCUCGUCCACCGAUGGCCAGCUGGGAGGUCCCGAGAAUGGUGAAGUGCGGCAAGGCCAGGCCAAGCGCUUGGGUCUGGAUGAAUUCAACUUCAUCAAGGUUUUGGGCAAAGGCAGCUUUGGCAAGGUCAUGUUGGCCGAGCUCAAGGGCAAAGAUGAAGUGUACGCUGUGAAGGUCUUAAAGAAGGACGUUAUCCUCCAGGAUGAUGAUGUGGACUGCACUAUGACCGAGAAGAGGAUCUUGGCUCUGGCACGGAAACACCCAUACCUAACCCAACUCUACUGCUGCUUUCAGACCAAGGACCGCCUCUUUUUUGUCAUGGAAUAUGUCAAUGGCGGAGACCUCAUGUUCCAGAUCCAGCGCUCCCGAAAAUUCGAUGAGCCUCGUUCCCGGUUCUACGCCGCAGAAGUGACAUCAGCCCUCAUGUUCCUUCACCAACAUGGAGUCAUCUACAGGGAUUUGAAACUGGACAACAUCCUUCUGGAUGCAGAAGGUCACUGCAAGCUGGCCGACUUCGGGAUGUGCAAGGAAGGGAUUCUGAACGGCGUGACCACCACUACAUUCUGUGGUACCCCUGACUACAUAGCUCCAGAGAUCCUGCAGGAAUUGGAGUACGGUCCCUCCGUGGACUGGUGGGCCCUCGGCGUGCUGAUGUAUGAGAUGAUGGCCGGGCAGCCCCCGUUUGAAGCCGACAAUGAGGACGACCUGUUUGAGUCCAUCCUGCACGAUGACGUGCUGUACCCGGUCUGGCUCAGCAAGGAGGCCGUCAGCAUCCUCAAAGCUUUCAUGACCAAGAACCCGCACAAGCGCCUGGGCUGUGUGGCAGCACAGAACGGAGAGGACGCCAUCAAGCAGCACCCCUUCUUCAAGGAAAUUGACUGGGUGCUGUUGGAACAAAAGAAGAUCAAGCCACCCUUCAAGCCCCGGAUUAAAACCAAAAGAGACGUCAAUAACUUUGACCAAGACUUUACGCGGGAAGAGCCAGUGCUCACACUGGUAGACGAAGCCAUUGUGAAGCAGAUCAACCAGGAGGAAUUCAAAGGCUUUUCCUACUUUGGUGAAGACCUGAUGCCCUGAGAGGCUACUCCAGCUGGAGUCUGCAGAAGCUGAAAGAAGAGACAACCACAAGAUUCCUGUGUUCUGGAGGCUUGGAAGGUCUCGAACUACUUCUCCCUGGAGUCCCAGCCCCGUGUCCAUUCUCUAUUUAUUGCAUCCCCUUUACCCAGGGCCACCCUUCCCUUCCCACCUGGUGACCAAAAGGCACUCUUGGUUCAUGUAGACUCACAAUAGGUCAGGGCUUGGCUGUGCACACUGCUGUGUGCAACUGUUGCCAAGCCAGGGCCUAUACCUGGGGGACUCCUGGUGGCAAAGCAACUGCAGUUCUUUGACCACAAAGAAAAACAAGAAAGCAAGCAAACAAAAAGCCGUGGCUCUGCCAUCUGACAUAGAGUCUUGACACCUGUCGCUUUGUCACCACUGUCCCCACUGGCCUGUCAUCCCUGCUCUUCUUCCCAGGACAGGAGAUUAAUGCUUCCUCCCCCGGCAUCCCUGUGGUGGAGGGAGACAGGGAGAAACACAGGCUGGCUAGCUGUGCUGGUUUGCUUGGCAGUGGCUACUCCUUGCUUGCUUUGGUUUCAGCUUUGGAGCAUGUUGAAGUCACGUAAGUCAACAUCUCGUGAAAAAAAAGAAAUGAGAUCUGAUUGUGAAUUCUGUUAACAUUUGGUAACAUAUUAUCCAAUUUGCUUUUUAAUUGGCCACAAGAUAUCAAUUCCACUAUGAAUAUCUGAUAUUAACAGGUAGAUAUAUAUUCAAGGGCUAAUACACAGUGAGAAACCAUUUGUUCAAGGUUUUUGCCAUCGAUGUUCUCGUGGUACAUGAAGGAAUCGAGAGGAAAAGAGACAAAUGGUGGUCUUCAUGACUGCAGUUCUGCCUGAACACGGAGGCCACCCCACAACACUGGCCACCACCUUGAGUUCUAACCAAGCUCACCUCCCAGUUUCUCUCUCCAGAGUCAUGUUGUGUUCCCAGCACCAAUGCUAUUUGUGUUCUGCAGCAGUGUGUUAUUUUUGCGCACUUCUACAAAAUGGUAGUACUACUGUGUUGUGAUUUUUCAACCUUAAACGUGUAAAGUGAAAUAGGAAAUACCUGCCUUGGGAACACGCAGAAUGAGACUCAACAUGGGUGAUGCUGAGGACAGGAGACCGAAGAGCAAUGGGAUUGAAAACUGACCGUGUGGCAGGAUGCACUCAGAGUUUUGUUUCUGGGUGACAUGGUGCCAACACACAUGGACACCAUCUCAUGGAUGUGAUGUUACCUCCUGUAGAUAUGUGAACAGCAUUGUAUUCUUUGAUUUUCAAGGGUCUCUAUGGCGUUGUGUAUAUGUUUCCCAGAGGUCAUCGGAUCACCUAUCUUCCUGAACUGGCUGAGCAGGGAAUGGAAUCCAUUCCACCUAUUGCACGUGGAUCUCCCAGCACUCCCUCAAUAUAUAUACUUGUGAGUGGCAAAGUGGCACGAAUGAAGCUUUCUGCCUUUUUGUACAUUUGAGAUUUUUGUAUAUAGUGUUUGCUGCAAGGCCUGUGGAAUUCAUUCAUUGAAUAUAGAGGUAUCAACUGCUGCAUGUUCAGGCAUAUUAUAAAACUUCAAUGUAUGAAAGAAUAAUUAUAGUAAUGUCCAGGUGCAAUACUCUGUAUUGGUUCAAGUUACCGAGAGAUAAAUGUGUUUCUUUGAGGGGGAAGGGGAGGGGUCCUCCAUAUUGUUUAUUUCAUUUGGGUUUAUUUUAAAAGAUGCACACAUAGAUUAAGCUAUGUUAAGUCUCACACACAGCUCUCCUGUGCUCUGUUAGACUCAGAGAGAAAGGGGUGAUUCUGAUGGGAUUCCAAAGCUCAGGUAGUGACCGUCUUGAGCCCACAGAGAGUUUGUGUCCCUGUUGCAUCUGGGCUGGUCUCAGCCUUCACUCCUGGUGGUGACCUUCAGUUCUCUUUUGUUUCAUUUUGUUGUUGUUAUUGUUGUUUUUUAAACUCAGGUGUAAUUAUUAUGUAUUCUUACGAUAGUUGCAAAUAUUAAAUAUUAUGCUGUAUCAGUUCAUGUGUUUGGCAUACCAGUGAAGUGAUGAAGAACUUUUAGACUAAUUUAAUUUAUCUUCGGUAACUUGACAUCCUAGGGAGAGAUUUUCUUCCGGAGUUGAGUACAAGCACAGAAACAUCUUCAUGGUGGCAUCAUCUCAUUUUUUAGGGAGACAUGACAAUACUGCCCAUCAUAUUCAUGCAUAACUACUGCUCGCUCAUUUUCUCCCUCUCUUCUCUCUCUCUUUCUGUUCUGCUUCCUGCACCAUGAUGAACUUUGGACAACCAAACAGGUUCUAAUGCAAUGCCAAAGGGCCUACUCCAAGCACUUGGUAUUUGCCAGGCAGUGGGGUGUUGCAUCUUUCCUAUGGGACAAUUGGCACUUUCGCUAGGAAGUCAACAAAUACAUUCCAUCCAGCAGAUCUGGACAGCUGGGCAGCCUGGCUCCCUCUUAGCACCCAAAGCCUGGCUGGCUGAGAUGCCUCUACUAAUGUUCUCACAUCAGUAGAAUUUAGAUCAACGUAAGUCUGCACAGAAAGGCUGGUGUGCCCCUUGAGUAUUCAUUCUUCCAUCUUCAAUAAGCAUUUGGAAGCAGACACGAUGUUCAGUUUCUGCCAUUUCCUUCUAUUUCCUUCUAGCCUUUCUGCCACUUUUCCCUCUCUCUCAUAAAAAAAAAUGAGUCCAAAAAUGCCAAAAAAAUAUAUGAAGGAUAGCUGUUCUCUUAUGGAUUUUAUGAAGUGGUAACCUAACUUUUUCCUCCAAUGGUGAGAAAGAAAAAAAAAAAAAACACGCACUCUUGCUUUAAAAAAAAAGAAAGCUAAAAAAUUACCUCUUUUUAAAUUAUGUGCAAAAAUAAUUCUGGCUAAAUAUAAAGUGUAUUCAAUUUUAGGGAUUUUUUUUGUAUUGUGAUGCUUUAUUUGUACAUUUUCUUUCUGGAUGUAAUUUUAAUAUCUUGCCAUUCAUUAGUGUUAUUUCAUUGUAAACAUUAUUGUGCCAAAUGUACUGUAUUCAAAAGGAUGUGAAUGUGUAUUUGUUUCAGAACCUAAUAAAUACAAUGACAUUGAA